GGAAGUUAUUAAGUCACAUGACCCUGCAUAGACCCUGCAGUCCUGGUAGCGGCCAUUUUACUCCUGUGUUCCGUACAUUGGCUCCUAUGAGCGAGAUGAUUGUUCCUAAGACGGAGCCUUUGGACAGCAUUAGGACAUCAGGCAAAAUGAGUUAGUUGCAGCAUCUUGUCAAAUGGAAUAGUGAUUCCUUUUGGUGCCUCCCAGAGUCUCCGCAAACUUCUUUGCCUCUUCUGACACUCCAGCCACAGUUGUCACCUCCCACUGGAUCACGGGCCUCUUGUGGGAGGCAGGGAUGACUGCCAUCAUUUACCCCAAGAAGCCACAGGAGCACUUUUAAUUCUACAGUUUGUGUGGUCUACACUAAAUAGUGCUCUUUGCUGGGCACUAAGAUUCAGCAGUGAACAAGACCUCUGCCCUCCUGAUGUCCAUAGUCUGAACGAUGAAACAGAAAACUGUGGUUAAGCCAGGCUCGGGGCACACACCAGACAGCAGUCAGGAGGUGCAGACACUAGCCGGCAGUCAGAUGGAGGCAGAAGAAUCUCAAGUUCCAGGCCAGCCUGAACUACAGAAUGUCCAACAAGGUGGCCAUUGGCAGUGACAUUGGACAGGCCCGCCGGGCGGUAGAGCAACUGCGGAUGGAGGCAGGCAUCAACCGCAUACAGGUGUCCAAGGCAGCCACAGAUUUGCUGCAGUUCUGCACAGAGCAGGCCAAAAGCGACCCUUUCCUUGUGGGCAUCCCAGCUGCCACCAACCCUUUCAAGGAAAAGAAGCCCUGUGCUAUCCUAUGAACCCAUGAUAAUGCUACUGCCCCGUGACCCUGGAUACCACAGGAAGAAGGGCCUCAAUAAACAUGAUUGCUCCUGUGUUACAACUUGUGUGUGCUGAAGCGGGAGGCUGAGGGGUACCACAGCUUUUGGGGAUCAGUGCACACCUGUCAGGCUUCCGUCUAUGCCCAUUUCCAUAGUCAUAGCCGCACACAUCUGCGCACCUAGAGCCCUACGUGAAGAGACCUGCACUAUGGCCCCCUGCCACAAGCCUACAGGGUGGUUGGGGCAGGUGUCUACUCCCUCCAUAUAGACCUACACUGGGAAUUUGAGUCAGAGUCUACAUGCCACAUAGCCCACAAGCACCUCACUAAGUUACAUCAGACCAAGUGUCCAUGGUCCUUG